AUGCCCAACGGAAUCGAAUCAGGGAUUGCAGAUUCAUUACCUAUAAGUAGUAGUAAUAGAGGAAAUAAAAAAAUGGAACAAAAUAGAAGUAAAUCGAUGUUGAAAUCUGGAAAACAACACGGAGAAGAAGAAUUCUCAUCGAGAGAGAGUAGCGUCGUUAGAAACGGGGGGAAAAAAAAUCAAUGCAAUGUUAAAAAUAGAUUGUUAAAAUCUACGGAAAGUGAAAAAACUAAAAAAUCAAUUAUGGAAGAUAAAGGGAAAAAAACAGAAUCCGCAAUUAUGAACAAAUCGCAAAAACAAGUUAAAGCACAAAGAACUAAAGGAUCGUUAACCCUCAACAAAUUAAGUCCUUUACCUAAAAAUUCCGAUAAUAUUAUCGUUGUAAAAGAAAAUAAAUUGAAAAACAACGAAGAACCCAACGAUGUCAAAAGUAAACCGUUUUUAGCGAUGAGCGAUGAAAAUUUAAAAUUACUCAUUGACGAACUAUCAGCAGAAGAAAUAAACGAAACAAAUUGUAAAAAAAGUGUCGCGAGCGUCGAAGAAAAAGAAAUUAUAAUUAAUAACGAUACUAAUUUAGACGAUGUUAAAUUGGAUGACGAUUUAGAAGAAUCCGAUAAGGAAUUAUUCAAAUCGAAUAGUUCGGAAAAUGUCAUGCCCGAACCGGAAAAACAAAAAACUCAACCGGAAUUCGUACCGAAUAAUAAUAAUAAUAAUAAUAUACAAAAUCAAAAUUCACCGAUGGCCGCGACAACGAGUUCGUUUUUCGAUAGAAUACAACAAAGUUUCAAAUCAUAUUUUUCAUUUAGAAAUCCACCGAAAACAGUUGGUACGACUGAAAAGAAGAGCAAAACAAGUUUAUCGAACGGAGUCAAAUAA